UGUGCUUCACAAGCCUCUGAUCAUCUUCUAUUAUUGCCUCUCUUUGUCUCUCUUUGUCUCUCUCUCUGCCUGUGGGCUGUUGCUUUGCAGUUUGCAGUCUUUUCUCUUCGAUCCAUUUGUGGCCAUAGAGCCUCGAGACGGCCUGCUUUCUUCCCCCAAUAACUUACGAAAGCCUCUCUCUCUCUACCCAAUAACGUUGCAGAGAGGAAGCUAUACCUUCUAUAUCUAGCUGCUUUUGUUCAGUAGUUCCUGAAGAAAGUUUUGCUGUGAACAUGGGUUUUUCAUGUCAAGCGUGCUGUGUUGUGUAAAAUCAAUUUUACAUUGGAAGAUCAGAAGAUCAGAGAAAGAGAAGAUAUGUUGGAUCUCAAUGUUGAUAUUCUUUCCGGUUAUUCGCUUUGUGAUGAGAAGGAGGACGCGUUAAUGGAGGUGGAGAAGCUCCUAAAGGGCUCAGGAAACCACAUGGAAGACUCGGGUACCUCCACCUCCUCCGUCGUCAACGCUGAAGAAGCUCCCAAUAACGUCCGAGACGAAGACUCUUCCAACAACUCCCCCGAGUUCAUCUUCGACAUCUUGAGAAAAGAAAAUCAUGGUAUCCGUUCCGGCAAGGAGUUCAAAGACGAAACCCCGGCACCGGAACUCGUUACGAGGUCGCUUUUCCCCGUAACAGGAGAAACGGGAGGCGGGGAGUCAGAGUUCGGGUCGGGAUUGUCAUCGAGGCCUCAAUGGUUGAACUUGUCGUUUGCUCAUGACUCGAGUGGUCAGGCAGAGCUGAGAAUUUUGCAGCAGAAGCAACAGCAGGUGAGGAAAAGUAGGCGGGGGCCGAGGUCUCGGAGUUCGCAGUACCGGGGAGUUACAUUCUACCGGAGAACCGGCCGAUGGGAAUCACAUAUAUGGGAUUGUGGGAAGCAAGUAUAUUUAGGUGGAUUUGACACUGCCCAUGCCGCUGCUAGAGCAUAUGAUCGGGCUGCGAUCAAGUUUCGGGGAAUUGAUGCAGAUAUCAAUUUUGAUUUAAACGAUUAUGAGGAAGAGAUGAAGCAGAUGAUGAAUCUGACCAAAGAAGAAUUUGUUCAAGUUCUUCGACGCCAAAGCACUGGAUUUACACGAGGGAACUCGAAAUACAGAGGUGUGACCCUGCACAAAUGUGGUCGUUGGGAAGCUCGUAUGGGACAAUUUCUUGGGAAGAAGCCCUAUGAUAUGGCAGCCAUCAAAUGUAAUGGGAAGGAAGCUGAACCCAACUUUGGGCCAAGCACCUAUGAAGGGGAGAUAAUUGUGGAUGACAUUGGUCAAGAAGGAGGCCAUAAUCUUGAUCUAAGCCUCGGGAUUUCGAACGGUUCUAAGGGGAAGGACAGUGGGAUUGAAUCUCAUUUCCAUUGCAACAGAGAGAGAUUAAUGGGAAGGGUAGGAGGGAAGACAGUAGAAACUGUUUCUUCGGCAAGAUUUGCGAAAUGGGCAUGGCAAAUGCAGGGCAAUGGAAUUGUUAGCCCAACGCCAGUAUUCUCGAGUGCAGCAUCAUCAGGAUUCUCUUCUGCCACUAGUACUAUUGCUCCAUCAUCAGCAAUCUUCCCACUCAACCCUCAGAACAAUUCUGUCCACAAUCUCAGCCUACUCCAUCUACCCACUACAUCCACUACCAACAUUUCUAACUCUAUAUAUCGGCUCUAGGAGCUGAAACCCAAGAUGCAAUGAUUUGCCUUUAGAAGGUUUUAUGUAAGCAAGACAACUUAGCCAAUCAUAUAUAUCAGUCUUGCAUUGUGCAGAGAUGUGUAUGAUCAUAUACUAAUAAUAUUAUUAUAACAAGAAGCAUAUGUUGCUAUGGUA